AUGCUCUUGCUUGAUAAAGAAGAAAGAGAACUGACACAAGAAUUAGAAAGAAAGAGAGCAUUAGAAGAGUGUAAGUUUUGUGUAGAAAAGAAUAGGAAAAUAGAUAAAUAUUUUGAGGAGAUUGUACAUGAAAAAAUCAUUGAAUGUCAGAAGGCAUUAGAGAGGGAAAAAAUUGCUAAAGGCAUGCAAUGUACAAAGAAAGAUAUCAUAGAGCUAAAAGAAAUGCAGAAGAGACAAAUAAAUGAGAAGAAGUGUAUAGAAGAAGAGAAUCGAGAAGUGGAUCAUAUGUGGUAUAACAUACUUCUAAACGAUGUGAGGUCCAAGGAAGAGAAAGAGCGACUUCAGGCCGAGAAGCUGAAACGUGAGAUGUUUGAACGUCGGAUGGCAUACGAUGAACAAAUUGCAAGCGCAAAUAGAAAGAGACGAGAAGCCUUGCAGGACGAGAGAGAAAAGGAAAACAGACAAUUGGAAAAAGCAAAGGCUAAAAUGGAAGAAGAUUAUUUUAAUGCCAUAAAAGCGAAAAAGGAACAACAACAGUUAAAUAAAGCGAACUACAUAAAAGGCUAUGAACUAAAGAUGAAUAGAAGAAGAAGAGAGAAGCAGGAAGAGUUAGAGAUCGAUAACAGGAUGAUACAGAAAGCGUUAUUUGAACUGAAAGAAGAAAGACACAGAAAAUUGGAUCUAAUGAAAGGAUUGCAAAGACAAAAUGAAAUUUUUGUCAUAAAUCAUAACCAAGAAAGAAGAAUGGCCGAAAAUCUUGAAAACGAAGCAGAGAACGCUAUUCGGGAAUGGAAAGAGAAAAUGGAAAAGGAUAGCGAUAGCAAACUCAAUAAAAUGGAAAGAGAGAAGCAACAUAAAAGAGAAACAUAUGCAGAAGACUACAGGCGUUAUUUAAAAGAAAGAAAUAAUGAGUACGCCAAAUAUAAACAAGAGAAAAAAGAAGAGAUGCAACGCGUGAAAGAGACAGCAUACAAAGAACUACAGCACAAACUAAACAGUGCUAAUGACGAACUAAAACAGCAGAUAGAAUAUAGGAACAUAUUGACGAAUCAAAUAAGAGAAAAUCAAAUUGUUAUGGACGCUGAAAGGAAUUUAAUCGAAGAAAAACAAGGAGCAUUCACAAAAAAAGCAAAAAGUUUUGCAGACGCGAUGAAUAUUUUAAAUAAUCCAGCACGAACGAGCACAAAUCCUGUUCAUCCAUUCAAAAAACAUAUUCUAGAAUGUAAAAACAGAAAUAACAAAGCUAUAUUAUCAUUGCCUAUCAUUGAUGUAUAAAAAGUUAUAUAUUGUCUACGACUCUUCCGUGACCUAGUAAAUGG